UUUGUAGCGCAGGAGCUUCUUUUUUUUUGCCUGUCUCCAGCUGGACGCUUCUGGGCUGCACCAGAACCACCCCCCCCCCUCCCUCCCUUUACCCAGCUCCCUCGUCAGGUCUCCCCGGGAUCGGUGUUUUGCAUCGCUCCUCGAUUUGCAUUUCUCCCUCAGAUUUUCCGUGCGACGGGUUCAGCGGGCGCAUCUUCACGGCUCUAUUUUCUACGCGCGCCUCCUGUUCCACGGCAGCAUCUAUAUACGCGCAAACAGAGACAGAGGGCGAGAGAAAAGGACACAAACAACAACAAUAACAGCGUCUGGAUUUUUAAAUAAUGUUGCCUAAGCUUCACGAUCGGGAAACCCGAAGAGAUUUUUAAUUCCCUGCUCUAUUUCCCCCCCUUUUUCUGGUGCGUACCAGCGGAGCUAGACACGUGUCCUCGGGGUAAACAGAAAGGGCUAGGUCGUGCCAGCGGAUCGCGUUGUUUCUUUCCGUGUGUUGUUGUGUUCCCCCCCUCCCCUCUAUUUGGUACCGAACCGCCGAACCGAAGCUUGAGCUCAGGCUUGGCCACCACAUAAUAUUGCCUAUUUCAUCUGGCGCGCCUUGGUGAUUGAGACGCAUUUUGGAGAUGUCGGAAGUGCUGCCUUUCAACGAAGAGAAAAUGAGUCAUUAUGGAAAUGAGGGCGACGAGGGACACCUUUCCUUCACCUGUCGCCUUCAAGACACCAACAACUUCUUCAACGGAUCACAGGGCAAGCGUCCGCCAAAACUCGGACAAAUUGGCAGGAGCAAACGAGUUGUGAUCGAGGAUGAGAAUGGCGACAAUGAGGCGCUGAAAAACGGAACAGAGAAGACUUCGGGAGAGGCUUAGAGCGCCCAAAAACCCAUCAAAAGACAAUCCAAUUUUUUUCUAUGGCGAUAUUUACCAGUUCUAAUCCAAAGACACUGUAUAUAAGCACUUUCUCUCAUGUGGCAGCAAGCAAGCACUUCCACGCCCUCCUCUACCCAGUCCGUCAUGACCAGCCGGAUGGAUGGAUGGAUGGAUGCACAAACGCUGGCCAGGGGGUGGGGGGCGGCAGCAAAAAAAAGAAAAAUUAAGACCCCCAGGUGGACCCCCAUAUCACAUAUACACAAACACACCCUUGAAUACAGGGUUUCGCCAUAAAUCCAGUCGCAGGAGAAGAGACUGGGGGAGGAGGAGGUGGUGGGGGUGAGGUGAAAGAUGGAGACGAUGCUGUCGAAAUGCAGAAUUCAGGGACAGGCUACAGAGGUAGAUCUAAUAUAAUAAACUAAAGCACACACUUCUCCUAUAUCUUAUCAAUCAAACCUUACUGCUCUUCGUUUUUUUUUUUAUUUAUCGACUGAGGGCAAACAAAUACCAGAGUUUUGUAAAUAUGGAAAGGGUAGCCCAUAUUUUCUUGCACAAAGUGAGAACUGGUAAACCGGUUUUGUUUCGUGUCUAAGACUUCAUUUAUUCUGGAUACCUUUGGGGAAUAUGUCUUUUUGAAGUGACGUAAAGCCUGAGGAAGUUAUCUGUUCUUUUGGUGUUUUUUUUUUCCUUUAUGUAUGUUGAGAGAAUCUUCGAGCAAAUGAGAGUGAUGUUGUUUUUUUUCAAUUAUGGAUUCUCAAUGUUGCCUGAGUGUUUUUGUUACCAUACUUUGCAGCUAUAACGAGUCAUUUCUAAACGGUGUACUUCCCACCUGUUUGUAAGCUCACCCAGGCUUUCACCUGGAUUGAUUGAUACUGUAACUUGACUGUAAACACCCUAUUGAUAUAAAAAAAAAACUAACUAUUUAUAUUGCAUUGUGCAAUUUUGUGUGUGCCAAAUCUCAUGGGGUUACAGGAUACCUCUUCCUUUUUGUGCUUUAUACAUUUACGCGUCGAUUUCAGUCGUUUCCCUUGGGUUGCCAUUUUUUUAGGGCUCUUUUUUGGUAAAAAAAAAAAGAAACACGUAAAGUACCAACUCAUGCAUGGCGAAUAUGAAUUCAUGCAUGCAUGGCAACAGCUCUGAAACUCUUGUGUAAUCUUGAAGCACCUCGUAAAACAGCUUUGAAUGACAAAAACCUCAAGAAACAGUCUUAACUCUCCGUUGUACUGUACGACGCGCGCUGAUUUGUACAGUGGCCUAAUAUCUUGUAAUAAAGAUUAUGAUAACGUACUAUUAACUGUUAGUGUUGAUUGUGGUUUACAAUAAGGAAUGAUGUAUUUAAUGUUGCUUUUUGUUGAAGAAGAAAAUUCAAGAAAAAAAAAACAAACUUUUAAAUCGGUAGCAAAAACAUGAAAAUAUAGUUUUGUAUCAAGAGAGUUAAAGGCAGUAGCAGGUAGCCUGGCUUACUUUUUGGACAUGUUGCUUGUACAGUUUUUCCUGUUGUUAUUGUAUUGCCUAUACUGGCUGCCAAGGAAAGGUGAAGUCAGCAUUUUUUUCCACUGUGAGAAAGUAGCAUACCACUAUGGAGAGCGAUCGGACGUGGAAGAGGCACAGAACGAUCACCGGAUAAUCCCAUCGAGAAUCUGAGAUGCACACUUUGUCCCGUCCUGCCGAGACAAAGGAGAGCUCAAACAGUUGCACAACAGACUAUGAUCUCAUUAAGUGCUACAGUUCUGCGAAAAGAUUUUUUUUUUCUUUUUUUUUUUGUGUGGGGAUAAUGUACAACACUGCUUCCCAAUGCAAUAAAUGUCUGUUUGCAUUAAAAAAAAAAA